GAAAUUGGAGCCCACUAACGAGUUAUGCCCAAUUUCAGUGGUUGUUAAGCCCAUCAUCCGCCUGCGCGGCGGCGGUCGCCGCCAACCGGCACCGGCGGCGCUGGCCGGCCUUCCUUCUCCCAGCGCGUACGCAAUUCCGAAGGGGUUUGUUAGUUCGUUUGGUUUGAGUUUCUAGGCUGCAGGAGGCGCCGCUGGCUUGGCCAUAUCCAGGUCUAUCUUCUCAUUCUCGGCCACCGAGAGAAGGGCCAUGAGAUGGGAUUAAAAGUGAGAAUUUUUCAGGUGUUCUCUCCAAAUUGUUCUCAUGUAGCGGUGCCGCGGUGGUCAAUCUGCCACUCGUGCAAGUCAGGAGAUAAUAGCUGUUUUGCGAAAUUGAAGAUUUGCAUCAAUGUGGUAAAUUGUGCUGUGCCGUUUUUAUGGAUAAGCAUAUCUUACAUUCUUAGGAGAUUUCCUUAUGCAUGACAUUAUAAAAAUGGCCAGGUUUAAUUUCAUGGGACUCUAUUGUUUGACCCCCUCAUGCUUUCCACGCCAUUGUGCAGUCAUAUACCCAAGAACAUCCGAAAUGGGAUUUCCAGCUGCAAUUAAUAUCGUCAUAGCUAUCUGGACGCUGACCUCAGUCCUCAGCUCUUCCAGCGAAAUUGUCUGCUUGGUAUGUCAAUUUUGACUACAAAAUCCAAAGCAAAAGAGGCAGUAAGAAUCAAAGAUACAUAGACUGUUGCAAUGCAGGAUGAGUCAUAUCAAAGGGUGUGAAAAUGCAAGCAUGAUGAGAGAGAACAGAUAAUAUGAAGUCAUGAUGAUAAGGGUUCGCACCUCCUAUUAUAUCUUUUAGAUUUACUUUUUCUAGAAUACUAUUAUAUCUUUUAGAUUUGAAGGAGGAAAUGCACAAGAGGACAAAAUAUUGAUGAGGUUUGUAUGUAUCUGAUGUCACUAUAUCUUGUUCACCUUCUGUGUUCAUCAGUCCAAAUGUGAAGUCAACUUGCAUCCGAAAAUCAGGGUCUGACUGACCUGUGAUGGGAAAUCCUUCAAUUUUAGUUCUUGAUCAUGAUCCGUUGUCCCUGUCGACCAUCUCCAAGACACUUACCAAGUUUAACUUCAAAGUUCUGCCAUUUCAAACAGCUGGAAAUGCCCUAGAUUCCUUUAAAAGUGGGGUUGCUGAAGAUGAGGAGCUUGAUUUGGUACUAGCAGAAGUUCAUCUUGGUAAUAUGACAGUGGGCACUUCGGUACUGUUCCACUACAUCCUGAAUGAACUCCAAGUCCCUCUGAUCACAAUGUGUGCUUAUGGUGAUGAAGAGGCACUGUCUAAAUGUAUGACCCUAGGAGCAUGCUUCAAUGUGCUGAAACCGCUGGACCCUCCAACCUUCAAUAUUCUGGUGGAGAAAGCUAUGGAACACAGGUGUAGAAGGGUCAAACCUGAAGGGUCAAGCAUUCUAAAGAAAACCAAAGAACCAGGUGUGUGGGAACCAGAUGAAUAUUCAAAGAAGCUGGGUCAGAUCACAUGGAGUACUCAGCUCCAGGAGAAGUUCUUGCAGGCUGUGAAAAGUCUUGGGGAGUCUGCUACGCCUGGGAGGAUUCUUUGGCAUAUGGAUGUGAAGGGUGUGACCUCACAGCAAAUAGCAACCCAUCUCCAGAAAUACCGGCAGAAGUUAAAGCAAGAACAGGAUGAGCAUCAGGAUGCAAACAUGAAAUUAGUAGCCGAUCUGAUUACAUCUGCAUGCAGUGCAACCCGUACUAAAUCCAAUAAUCAUCGAACAACCACCCAGAUGAAGGUCACACCCGGAGCUGCCCCAGCUAUCAGGGCACAAGUGGAGAAAAGUUCAGUGAAGCCCGAAGUUUCCAAUACUAAGGCACGCUCAUCUGUGUGGGAUAGGUACAGUAAGAGCCUGCAGGACCGGAAGAAGUCUGUGUGCGAUAGGUACCAGCCAACAAGGUUUUUCAUGCCAUACAAACAGGAGUUCCUGCCCAUGCCGAGCAAACCUAUUACCAAAUAUGUAGGCAUUGAAAAUAUAACCCCAUAUGCUGCUGGACAGAUGGGUUUUGGCACACCUGUAACAAGUCUACUUCCUCAACUGAAUGGGAACGGCUAUACUGAAGCUGCAGGCAACAAUGGCAACAUGGAGAGCUUUACUCUGCAGGAAGAUAAUGUGAACGAGGUGUACACUGCAGCCACAUGCGCUCAUGAUGUGGUGGAUGUAGUGAGCAAUGGGCUGCUUGAUGGCACAGGAAACAACUACUCAACUGCAGAAAAGAUGCCGUCUGCAUCUGAUCCUCUUUGUGGCAGCGAACUGGAGACAUUUUGGAGGAGCCAGCUGGAAGGACAAGAGCAGCAAGCCCUUGGGCCAGAUGAUCUGCUCCAGGUAGAGGAUGUAUGGAACCAUGCGCUUCAAUCGGAUAGCCUGGACAAUGCAACAAUGGCUCAAGAAUCCACCAUUGGAGAUGCUCUGAUGCCGAUGGUUCAAGAAUCCGCUGUUGGAGAUGCCCCGGUGCUUCAAGAAUCUACCGUUGGAGUGGUUCAGGAAUCCGCCUUAGGAGAUGCUCUGGCAGAUGAUCUGCUCCAGGUAGAGAAUGCAUGGAACCAUGCGCUUCAGUCGGCAGGCCUGGUUGAUGCAACGAUGGUUCAAGAAUCCACCGUUGGAGAUGCUCUGAUACCGAUGGUUCAAGGAUCCGUUGUUGGAGAUGCUCCGGUGCUGAUGGUUCAAGAAUCCGCCGCUGGAGUGGUUCAGGAAUCCGCCAUGGGAGAUGCUCCGGCAGAUGAUCUGGACCUGGAGUCCUCAGAUGAUAGAUGACUAUGCCAUGAGUUUCUAAAUCAGGAAGGGAGGUAACUGGUAGUAUUCCCUCCGUCCCAAAAUACGUAACGCGGAUUUGUAUAAGUUAUAAAUCCACAUCACUUAUUUUGGAACGUUUAUUUUGGGACGGAGGGAGUACAAUAAGACUGGUAAUGUGAUAAGACUCUUUGCGGAGGAAAAAACGCCGGUAUAUUAAGGAAUGACUGCACAUGUUAUAUGCAGACAUGUCCAGUGCUUUGUGACAUUGGUUAAGGUUAUUCAGCUACUUUGUUUCCAAACGUUGACAUAUUAUCUUCUUAUGUGACACAAUAUUAUCCUUAA